AUGUCCAACGGCAGCUCUAUCACCCAGUUCCUCCUCUUGGCGUUCACAGACACAUGGGAGCUGCAGCUCUUGCACUUCUGGCUCUUCCUGGGCACCUACCUGGCUGCCCUCCUGGGCAAUGGCCUCAUCAUCACCACCGUAGCCUGCGACCACCACCUCCACGCCCCCAUGUACUUCUUCCUCCUCAACCUCUCCCUCCUAGACCUCGGUUAUAUCUCCACCACUGUCCCCAAAUCCAUGGCCAAUUCCUUCUGGGACACCAAGGCCAUCUCCUAUGGGGGAUGUGCUGCCCAGGUCUUUCUCUUUGUCUUUUUCCUUGGAGCAGAGUGUGCCCUUCUCACCGUCAUGGCCUGUGACUGCUACACCGCCAUCUGCAAACCCCUGCACUACGGGACUCUGAUGAGCAGCAGAGCUUGUGUCCACAUGGCAGCAGCUGCCUGGGGCAGUGGGUUUCUCGAUGCUCUGCUGCACACUGCCAAUACAUGUUCACUACCACUCUGCCAUGGCAACGUGGUGGACCAGUUCUUCUGUGAAAUCCCCCAGAUCCUCAAGCUCUCCUGCUCAGACUCAGACUAUCUCAGGGAAGUUGGGGUCCUUGUGGGUAGUGCAUGCUUAGUUUUGGGGUAUUGUGUUUUCAUUGUGUUGUCCUACGUGCAGAUCUUCAGGGCUGUGCUGAGGAUCCCCUCUGAGCAGGGGCAGCACAAAGCCUUUUCCACGUGCCUCCCUCACCUGGCCGUGGUCUCUCUGUUCAUCAGCACUUCAUUUUUUGCCUACCUGAAGCCCCCCUCCAUCUCUUCCCCAUCCCUGGAUCUGGUGGUGGCUGUUCUGUACUCAAUGGUACCUCCAACUUUGAACCCCUUCAUCUACAGCAUGAGGAACCGGGAGCUCAAGGACGCGGUAAAGAAAUUGAUCCAAUGGACCUUGUUCCACCAGCAGUAA